CCUCUCCCCUUCCUCUCCUCUCUCCUUCCUCCUCUCCUCUUCCUCCUCUCCCCUUCCUCUCUCUCUCUGCCCUCGCCGCGCAGAGCUCGCCGCGCACAGGCACAACAGAUGGUACAGUACCACAGGCUGCAGGAGCGCGAGAAAUUGGCUCAGAAGUACUUUUAUACCUCCGAACUUCGCCGGAACGUUGAGUCUCAGCGGAAGUGGCGGGAUUCUCCGUUGACAAAAGUCGACUUUCCGGACAGUCACUGGACCCCCGCAUUUAGAGGCGCAGUUUUUAUCUGCCAAGGUCGGGCGUGGCCAUGCCAUUUGGCUGUUUAACGGUUGGGGAAAAGAAGGAAUACCACAAUCCUUCGGACGUGACGGAUAAAUAUGACCUGGGUCAGAUUGUUAAAUCGGAGGAGUUCUGUGAGAUCUUCAGGGCCAAGGACAAAGCCACCAUGAAAAUGUACACGUGUAAGAAAUUCCUGAAGAAAGACGGGAGGAAAGUCCGGAAGGCUGCCAAAAAUGAGAUCCUCAUCUUGAAGAUGGUGAAGCAUCCCAACAUCCUCCAGCUGGUUGACGUCUUCGAGACCAAAAAGGAGUACUUCCUCUUCCUGGAGCUCGCGACAGGCAGAGAGGUGUUCGACUGGAUCCUGGACCAGGGCUACUACUCGGAGCGGGACACCAGCAACGUGGUGCGGCAGGUCCUGGAGGCCGUGGCCUACCUGCACUCCCUGCACAUCGUUCACAGAAACCUGAAGUUGGAGAACUUGGUGUACUACAACCGUCUAAAGCACUCCAAAAUCGUCAUCAGUGACUUCCACCUGGCCAAGCUGGAGAACGGGCUGAUCAAAGACCCGUGUGGGACACCAGAGUACCUGGCCCCUGAAGUGGUUGGCAGACAGCGGUACGGCAGGCCUGUGGACUGCUGGGCCAUGGGUGUCAUCAUGUACAUACUUCUGUCAGGCAACCCUCCGUUCUACGACGAAAGCGAUGAUGACGAUUACGAAAACCACGACAAGAACUUGUUCCGAAAAAUCCUGGCGGGCGAUUACGAGUUCGACUCUCCGUACUGGGAUGAAAUCUCCGAUUCAGCUAAGAACCUGGUUGCUCGUUUGAUGGAGGUGGAUCAAGACCAGAGGCUGACGGCCCAGGAGGCCAUAAACCAUGAAUGGAUCUCUGGUGGCGCAGCUUCAGAUAAGAACAUCAAGGAAAAUGUGUGUGCACAGAUAGAAAAGAACUUCGCCAGAGCUAAAUGGAAGAAAGCUGUGCGAGUCACCACCAUCAUGAAGAGACUAAGAGCGCCUGAGCAGAGCGUGUCGAAGCCCGCCGUCCCCGGAGCAGCUGCUGACCCCACGGCUCCCCAGGCCUCUGCCAACCCCUCAGCGCCUUCGUCUGCGGCCGGGCCCGACGGCGCUCCCGAUGCCGCCGGGGAGGAGAAGAGCCAACAGGCGGCGGCGGAGGAGGUGGCGGCCCCGGCCGAGGAGCCGCAGGCGGCCGAGCCCACGUCACGCUGCAACGGCGAAGCUUCCGCUGCGCUUCACACGGCGGGCGAGGCGAUGGAUGAGCAGAGUUAAAGCCCCGCCCACAUCCCCCACGGUACCGGCCCUGUGUGAACUCUCCUCCUGCACACUGUACAUUAGCUGCUAGCAUGGUGACACUGACUCUGCUUCUCCCUCACUUGCAGCAUUAGCAUCAUCUCAUGAAGGCUGUGUGCUUCCUUCCCUGAGCGCUGCCUUUCUGUUUAUUCUAACCUGUAAAGCUCUUUCUUGUUAAAUAAACAAAUGUGUCUCAAACUUGA